AUGUUUGGUUCAGACAAGAUUGCACGAAGCAGCGCCGAUUCGAUUUUGGAUGGAGCUCAAGAGAGACUGCUGGACUCGGACAGCGAAAACGGGCACAUUCCACCUACCCAGACACCACGCAAAAGAUCAAUUCAUAUUCCCGUGUGGGCGCAUGGCAUCUUCUUUUCACUAUACACUGCAUUGUUUCUUGUUUUGACACUGCGCGCUCCGUCUGGGAGCAAAUCUGAAAGUCAUCUCCCUUUACCCUCGAGAGAGGGCCUCAUUUGGGAGGACCGCAAAUUUCCCACGGCGAUUGUCGACAACCCAUUUACCGGAGAGCCCCGAGAAGAGUUGGACGAGGCGUGGCACGAGCUUUUGAAAAAUGACAACAUUCUUGUGCCAAAAGAUUACCUGGAUGAAAGGGGACUGCACUCUGUGUACACCAAGGAGGGCGACGAGGGAGUCGCUUCCCUCAGUGUCUAUCAUUCGCUGCAUUGUUUGAAAAAAGUCAAGCGCAUGCUCUUCAAAGAGCACUACCACAAGGACAAGACGGGCGACGCCAUGGCUCGCGAAGAAAAGCACGUCGAUCAUUGUGUCGAGUAUAUCCGCGAGGCGCUCAUGUGCCAGCCCGACCUGUCCAUGGUGACGUUUCGCUGGAUCAAUAACACGGCGCAGCAUAGUGAUAAAUCUGGAUUCUGGCCGACCAAUUUCGACGUCGACAGGCAUCGUUGCGCAAACUGGGAGGCGCUGGACUCGUGGGCAGGACAGCGGGCGUUUAAUUUGUUCGAGGUUGACAAGCUAGACCGGCCGAUGCCAGAGUAA